GCGUUCUCCUUCUCGACUCAGUCUUCUGUUCGCUUCCGUGCUCCAAACGAACGAAAACCCUCCAUUGUUCUUGUUCCCUCUUUACUUGGUCGCUUCGCCCAUGUCUGGAACGGUCAUCUUCUCCGGGAUCUCGCUCUCCCCGGCACGGGGCAUCUCGGCCCAGCGGCGGGUGGUGGCGCAGGUGGCCACGGCUGCGGGGAGGAGCAGGGCACCGGCGAGCCUGUACCAGGUGCUGAGGGUGGGGGAGACGGCGACGGCGCGGGAGAUCAAGGCGGCGUAUCGGGCCAUGGCCAAGCGGUUCCACCCGGACGCAGCGCCGGCGGGCGGGGGACCUGACUUCCUGGAGAUCCGCCGCGCGUACGAGACGCUGUCCGACCCGGCGGCGCGGGCGCGGUACGACCGGUCCAUCGUAGGGCGGAUUCCUCGGGCCGGCUUCGUCGUGUCGGACCGGCAACGGUUCACAAAGUGGGAGACGGACCAGUGCUGGUAGGCCGCAGUGCACCUGAUUCGUAGUCGUGUAAAUAGAUAAUUUUGGAGGAGGAUUCGCUGGGCUUCUCAUGUCCCAUUUGGCAGGCAAUGAAAGUAUGGUAGCUGUUACAUAUCA